GUCAGUUGCGUCGCGUCGCGUGCAGUGAAGGUGAGCUGCGUCACGUCACAGCUGUACUGAAGCGCUCAGACACGUUGCGCUGCUGUAAGAAGAGCUAAACGGGACCUGCCGCUGGAAAACUAUCCCUGUUACGAGCUACAUAUUGUUCAUUUGUGGGAAUAUCUAAGCAAAAAUUAUGCUUUAGAAUGAAUCCACUGUUGAACAUGAGGUUUACGAAGCCAUCUCUGUUCCGUGAAUCGGGAAUCGUCUGUCUUGUGCUCAUAAGUGCGGUGUGGUGCUCCGUUUCCGAGAGGAAAGUAUGUCAGGGAACCAAUAAUAAGCUGACUCUGCUGGCACAGCCAGACGACCACUACAGGACCAUGGUGCGGAUGUAUAGUAACUGCACAAUAGUGUUGGAGAACCUGGAGAUAACCAAUGUUCAGGAGUACCACGACCUCUCCUUCCUCAGGAGCAUUGAAGAAGUUGGUGGCUACGUUCUAAUAGGAAUAAACUACGUGGAUGUGAUACCAUUGGAAAACCUACGACUCAUUCGCGGACAUUCUCUCUUCGAUGGCAAGUACGCCCUUGCUGUGGUGGCAAACUUCCACAGGAAUGAGUCUUUAGAGAACAGCAGCAUCAUCAGCGGCCUCAGAGAGCUGCGCAUGAGAAGCCUCACAGAAAUUCUUAAAGGCGGGGUUAAAAUAGCCCACAAUCCUUUGCUUUGCAAUGUGGAGACCAUACAGUGGUUGGACAUUGUGCAGGACAACAGUGAUGUGAAUGUAUCGGGAGGGACUGAGUCUGAGUGCAUGCGAUGUGACUCAGCGUGCUAUAAUGGAUCAUGUUGGGCUCCAGGACCAGAAAACUGCCAGACCUUGACCCGGUUGAACUGUGCUGAGCAGUGCUCGCGGAGGUGCAGGGGUCCCAAACCCAUCGACUGCUGCAGUGAACACUGCGCUGCGGGCUGCACUGGACCCCGAGCCACUGACUGUCUGGCCUGCAGAGACUUCCAGGAUGACGGGACGUGCAAGGAUGCGUGUCCACGUCUAAUGCUGUAUGACCCCAACACUCACCAACUUGUUCCUAAUCCCAACGGGAAGUACAACUUUGGAGCUACCUGUGUGAAGAAGUGCCCCUAUAACUUUGUGGUGACCGAUCACGAUGCCUGCGUUCGAACCUGUAGCAGUAACAUGCAUGAAGUGGAGGAGAACGGAAUAAGGAAGUGCAAACAAUGCGACGGCUUGUGCCCAAAAGUCUGUAACGGCCUUGGAACGGGGGCGCUUGUUAACACCAUCGCAGUCAACGCGACCAACAUUGAUUCUUUUAUCAACUGCACCAAAAUAAAUGGGCACAUUACAAUAAUGCAGAUGACUUUUCAAGGGGAUGUUUUUACACAUACUCCAAGUAUGGAUCCUGUGAAACUCGACUAUUUCAAGACAGUCAAAGAAAUAUCAGGGUUUUUGUUAAUCCAAGACUGGCCUGAACACCUCAAAUCCCUCAGUCCCUUUGAGAACCUGGAGAUCAUCAGAGGAAGAACUAAACAACAUGGCUCAGUUAGUUUUGCUGCCUUAAACAUACCACACCUGAAAUAUCUUGGCCUGCGUUCACUGAAGGAGAUCAGUGACGGCGACGUGGUGGUCAAAAACAACCCCCAACUCUGUUACGCUGACGGCAGCUACUGGCCAAAGCUGUUCAGAUCUGAGAAACAGCGCAUACGAACUGGAAACAAUGCAGCAAUGCAUAACUGUGAGCAGCAGAACAGUACCUGUGACAGUAUGUGUGGAGAGGAAGGCUGCUGGGGUCCGGGGCCAUCCAUGUGCUUCUCCUGCCAGCACGUAAGCCGUAGGGAGAGCUGUGUCAGUCAAUGCAACCUGCUGGAUGGAGAACCUCGCGAGUACAUGUCAGAGAACGUGUGUUUGGAAUGUGACCCUGAAUGCAAGAUUCUGAACGGGACAGCAAGCUGCUCUGGGCCGGGAGCCGAUCAGUGUACUGAAUGUGCUCACUUCAAAGAUGGGGAGCACUGCGUGGCACAGUGUGCUCAAGGUGUGCAAGGCCUUAAUAACCGACUUGUCUGGACAUACCCAGACAAAACCAGACAGUGUCAGCCAUGUCAUCCUAACUGCACGCAAGGGUGCAGUGGACCAAGACUGGAAGGUUGUGAACCAAAAGGUUCUCACAUGCCUGUAGCGGCGGCUGGCGUUGUCGGAGUCAUGCUGAUGAUUAUGGUCCUCAUCCUUUUCAUCUUCGUCAUCUUCCGCCGACGACACAUCCGGCGAAAGAGGACCCUACGGCGCCUCCUUCAGGAGAGAGAGUUGGUCGAACCGCUGACUCCCAGUGGUGAAGCACCCAACCAGGCUCUCCUUCGCAUCCUUAAGGAAACAGAACUGAAGAAAAUAAAAGUCCUCGGGUCUGGAGCGUUUGGCACAGUUUUUAAGGGAUUGUGGAUUCCAGAGGGUGAGGGUGUGAAAAUUCCUGUUGCUAUCAAAGUUUUGAGAGAGGUCGCAUCUCCCAAAGCCAACAAAGAGAUUUUGGAUGAGGCCUAUGUGAUGGCCGGUGUGGAUCAUCCUCACGUGUGUCGUCUGUUGGGAAUAUGCCUCACGUCCAACGUCCAGCUCAUAACCCAGAUUAUGCCUUUCGGCUGCCUGCUGGAUUACGUACGGGAGAAUAAGGACAAUAUCGGCUCACAGACUCUGUUAAACUGGUGCGUGCAGAUCGCCAAGGGAAUGACCUACUUGGAGGAACGUCACCUGGUCCAUCGGGAUUUAGCAGCCAGGAAUGUGCUGGUGAAGACUCCUAACCAUGUGAAGAUCACUGAUUUUGGCUUGGCCAGACUUCUGGGUUCAGACGAGAAGGAAUAUCACGCUGAUGGAGGGAAAGUACCUAUAAAGUGGAUGGCGCUUGAGUCGAUUCGACACUGGACUUACACUCAUCAAAGUGAUGUUUGGAGUUACGGGGUCACUGUCUGGGAGUUGAUGACAUUUGGAUCCAAACCGUACGAUGGAAUCCCAGCCAGAGAGAUUGCAGAUAUACUGGAGAAGGGAGAGCGUUUACCACAGCCGUCCAUCUGCACUAUAGACGUGUAUAUGAUCAUGGUCAAAUGUUGGAUGAUUGACGCUGACAGCAGACCUCACUUCCGUGAACUUGUGGCAGAGUUUUCAAAAAUGGCCAGAGAUCCGUCUCGCUACCUUGUCGUUCAGGGAGAUGAUCACACGUACCAGCCCAGCCCGACGGAUAUCAAGUCCUACAGGUCUUGGAUCAGUACAGAGGAUAUGGAUGGUGUGGUUGAUGCAGAGGAAUACCUGCUGCCCAACAAAAGAUUCUUCAACCAAUCACAACAACCAGAGUCUCAGUGUCACAAUUCAGCUGACGACUACACGAAUGGUGUGAUGUUACGCUACAUUACUGACCCCACAGAUAAAGACCUUAUGCUGCCAGAGUACAUAAACCAGGACAUGACUACAAGCAAUAUGAUCAACCCAAACUAUGAGGGUCCGGCCCGGGGACAGACAGAAAACGGAUAUAUAGACACGUACGGCUGUAAACCCGAGGGUCCGGAGUACCUGAACACCUCCUGCGCUACUUUACCACGAUCCCCGUGUGCCAGUCUCGAUAACCCGGACUACCAGCAGAACUUCCUGCCCUCUUCCACCACCGAUGUCCUUUUCCUUCCUGCAGCGGAGAACCUGCACUACCUGGGACUUAGCAAAGCCAUGCAGUCUCACGUACGUUAGAUAAACGGGACGAAAAUAUGAAUUGCACUGCUUGGAGUCACACACAACUUGUGUUAGUAUUGCAGCUACUUAAAGAACAUCAGCGAGUCACGUCGCUGCAUGUGAGGACGUCCGGAAAUGCUUGAAGGCAACUGCCGUAAUUAACUUCUUCUUGAAAGGGGGUUUACGAGACAUUAAGCUGUGAGUAAUGUGUUGAAUGUCAAGCUAGAGCACAUUUCAGUAUUUCUCUAUAAUAUGAGUAAUUUUUGCUUUUGAUGAAUGUUGUCGCCUGAUGUAGCUUAAUUUAUUGAACCCAAAUCAGCUUUUAACUCUUCAUAUUGUUAAACUGUUGUCAUUUUUAAUGUGAUUUAGUAAUUAAGCCUCGGUAGUAUUUGUAAAUCCUGGGUUAACAUUAUUAAGUGCAUAUUUACUAGCUAAAUAACAUGGAUUGGACAAGUUGAGAAUGUGAAAAGCACACGACGGGUUUUAAUAGCUGCUUGUCUAUCUGUGGAAAUUGUCGCUUGGAAAAGUCAACACUCACAACCCUCAUUUCAUUUCAGAGAUAUACACUAUCAUUCAAAAACACUUUUUUUUUUUUAAGAAAUUAUUUUAAAUAGCAAGGGUGCACUAAAUUGAUCAAAUGUGGCAGUAAAGACAUUUAUAUUGUUACAAAAGAUUUCUACUUUUUAAAAAAAUGCUCUUUUGUUAACGUUCAAAUUCAUCAAAGAACCUUAAGAAAAUGUAUCAUGGUUUCCACAACAUUAAGCAGCACAACUGUUUUCAACAUUGAUAAAAAUUAGAAAAAUGUAUCUCUAUCUAUCUAUAUAGAUAGAAAACAGUUAUUUUAAAUCAUAAUAUUUCACAAUAUUACUGUUUUUACUGUAUUUUUGAUCAAAUAAAUGCAGCCUUGGUGGACAGAAGAGACUUCUUUCAAAAACUUUUUUUUUUUUUAAUCGUAACGACUCCAAACUUUUGAAUGGUAGUGUAAAUCUUGAAUAACACAGGAUAUUCAACAAGCAAAAAUGUGGGUCUGAAAUUCAUUAUAUCCAUCAAUAAAUGAUUGAUUAUGAAAAGUUGACGUUACAUACCAGAAUUGAGUCAGAAGGUUGGAAAAGAGGAGCUCCUGAUGACUGAAAAGGAAAAGGUUUGUCAGAAGUCGGCUGAAAAGGAAAGUUGUUUUAGAGAGGCAGAGCAAAUUUGAUCACAUUUAGAUGAAAGAAUACAAAAACAGGCAUGUUUUUAUUUAGAAGAACGUGCACCAAUGAUGAUUAGUGCACAAUAACGCGAGAAAUGUGGAUAGGGUGAACAUCAAUUUUGCCGUCAUGUUGACUUCUGAAAGAAUACAAACAUUCAUAAUUCUUUAUUUAAAUAUUCAAGCACAGAGUGAAAAUCCCUCCGAUGUACCAUAGCUGCCUAAGUAGCAACAGAAAAGCUUGUAAAUAUAAAAACGUGCACUGUGAACAGUUAGGAAAUAUGUCAUUAUGCCUAUGACAAGUAAAAUUCACAGACAUGAUGUACAUGUACAUAAAUGCUACCCUCUGUCAUAUAAACAUGGACCCUUGAACCCUGGACUGCACUUAAUGGACCCUCAAAUUAAUUUUUCAACUGACCAUCUACAUUUGGUUUUAAUAAUUUAACACUGGGCCUUAGAGAAAAAACAUUUUAUAUUAAUUGAAAGAUAUGCUGUAGGGCUAAAAGGCUCUUUAAUGUUAAAAGGCUCUUAUAAUACUUUUUCAUUCUGCUUUAAACAGCUGAGUUAACAAAUCAAGACUGCUUGUUUUCGGUCCCCUGUGACACAUUCACACAAGUGUGCACUUAUCAGACAAUCUACUUUUACACUUCAAGAAAAAAACAGGCCAUUAUGAUAUUUUAACUCUGCAGGGUUCCAUCAAUAUUGAAUUAAGCGUUACUUACAAUUUGUUGGUCACACCGGCUACAUUUUAAAUUGCAGAAAAUGUUCUGAAAACCCUGAAUAAUUUCGGAAAGAAGUCUUGGUUACACUUUAUUUUGAUAGUCCACUUUAGACAUUCUACUACUAACUAUAAGCAACUUUGCAACUACAUGUCAACUAACUCUCAUUAGAGUAUUAGUAGACUGUUAGGGUUAGUAGAAUAAGUUGAAGUAGUUGUAAAGUGACUUAUAGUCAGUAGAAUGUCUGUUGGGGAGCAUCAAAAUAAAAUGUUAGCAGAUAUUAAGCAGACAUUCCACUAAUCAAAGUUGGUUGACAUGUAGUUACAAAGUUACUUGUAGUAAGUAGACUAGAGAGUGUUACCGAAGUCUUAAUGUAACUGACUGUGAAACCGAUUCAACUUCCACUGUAGAUCCCACAGAAACAUCUGCAUCAUUUUAGUAUGUAAAUGUACUUCAUGUAGCACAAACUUCAUGAGAUCGACUGCAUUACGCACCUGUGAAGGUCAGUUUUAGGAAUUGAGCAACAUCAACACGUGGUUUAAAUCUGUAUGGUCACUUUUUGUUACAUUGCAGUGUUAUUAAAUUGUGUUGAAAUGUGAAA